AUGACCAGAACUUCCGUGUUAGCAGAUGCUUUGAACGCCAUUAACAACGCCGAAAAGACCGGUAAGCGUCAAGUCUUGAUCAGACCAUCCUCCAAGGUCAUCAUCAAAUUUUUGAGUGUGAUGCAAAAGCACGGUUACAUCGGUGAGUUCGAAUACAUCGACGACCACAGAUCCGGAAAGAUUGUCGUUCAACUUACCGGUAGAUUGAACAAGUGUGGUGUCAUUUCCCCAAGAUUCAACGUCAAAAUCGGAGAUAUCGAGAGAUGGACCGACAACUUGUUGCCUGCUAGACAGUUCGGUUUGGUUAUUUUGACCACUUCUGCUGGUAUUAUGGACCACGAAGAAGCCAGAAGAAAGCACGUUUCCGGUAAGAUCUUGGGUUUCGUUUACUAG